CGCGCCAACUUCACAUUGACAUUACACUCAGUUCUGAGUACUGAGUAUUUAUUUAUUUAUAUACAUCAAGACAUCACGCAAAUAUUGAUAAAUAAAUAGACUUAUUAAUAAAUUUAAAUUACUAUCAGUGAAAUAAAUUUGAUAAUGUGAAAAAAAUUUUUUUAUAAUUAAUUGAAAACUUAAUUAAAUACAAAAUAAGAUGCCGUUCAAAUUCCAUCUGAAGAAAAGCCGCCAGUAUAAUGUCGUGUCUAAAAACCAGUAUGUGAUUUGCGUGGAGCUGCUGGACCAGACGUCAAUCGAGUGCACUCUGGGAGUCGACAGUCUAGGGCAAGAGUGCCUGGAAAAUGUCACCCAGAGACUGGGUCUGGGUCAGCCGGAGUUUUUCGGGCUGAGGUACAUCUGCAGACACGGGGAGCCUUCUGCGAGGUGGGUCGACAUGGACAAGCCUCUGAAGAGGCAGCUGGAGAAGGAGGCAAAGAGUUUCAGUUUGUAUUUGAGGAUCAUGUUCUACAUAACCGAUGUCCAGUUGAUACAAGAUGACAUGACCAGAUAUCACUAUUACUUGCAACUCAAGAGCGACAUUCUGGAGGGAAGGAUCCACUGCAGCUCCAGACAAGCCACUUUGCUGGCGAGUUACUCGAUGCAAGCAGAGCUUGGGAAUUAUGACCCUACAAGACAUACUUUCGAAUGUCUUCAGCAGUGCGCCUUCUUUCCUAAAGAUGUGAUUGACGCAGAAGCAAGUGGCAAAGAUGGUCUACUACACUCAGCGAUUUGCCAGUACAAGAGCUUAGCUGGAGUGACUCAAGCAGUUGCUGAAGAACUUUACAUAUCUAGUGUCGUUCAAUUAGAAGGAUAUGGACAUGAAUCAUUUACUGCUAAGGAUGAGGGAAAUAAUCAAGUAGUUCUUGGAAUUUCAAUAAAUGGAAUAAUGGUCGGGUACACAUCAACACAAGCGACCCAAUUUUACCGAUGGAAAGAUAUAAGCAACGUAAUAAAUCAUAAGAAAACUUUUCGAAUAGAGUGUCAAUCGGAGCAUGAAGAAGCGAAACAGUUUUUCUUUCGCGAUUCACGCAGCGCUAAAUACACAUGGCGACUGUGUAUUGCUCAGCACACAUUUUAUAUGCAGCAUCAGGACUCCCGGCCCUCCGAAAGACUAACGGGAUACUUUGAUAGCGAUACUAAUGACUCGACUGAGCAGGCAGCUUCAGUUAAUUUAGAAAAUCGUAAUGCUGAUGAUUCAAUGCGAUGGACUAGUUACAAUGAUCUCUCAACGACGCCUUAUCCGCCAGUGGUAUCAGUUUCUUCGACAGAUCUAAAUAAUUUACGCGCUCUCCUUCCGUCCUACAGACCAGCGCCCGACUACGAGACCGCUGUUCAGAUGAAGUACAACGGCGGGAAUCCACCGCAGCCUUAUUACGCGAACCAGUCGACGAUUGUUGGUGCUGAGCUCUGUCUACUGGGCAAUGUCGUCAAUAGAAAUAGAUAUUAA